AUGGGCAACUCAAAGGCAGCCAAGCCCGACGAGAGUCAUGUCUCUGGGCAGUCAAACAAACCCCUCUCCCACCCCGCCCACGCCCUGUCCUUCCAACAGGUCGCCGAGGAACUUCGCGCCAACGCUCAGGACGGUCUUUCUGCCGCCGAUGCCAAGGCACGCCUCGAGGAAUUCGGCGGCAAUGAUCUCGGUGAAGCCGAGGGCGUCCAGCCCAUCAAGAUCAUCAUUGCCCAGAUUGCCAAUGCCAUGACCAUGGUCCUCAUUCUCGCCAUGGCCGUCAGUUUCGGCAUCAAGUCCUGGAUCGAGGGCGGUGUCAUCACCUUCGUCAUCCUCCUCAACGUCAUUGUCGGAUUCUUCCAAGAGUAUUCUGCUGAAAAGACCAUGGACUCCCUUCGUUCUCUGAGCUCGCCAACUGCCAACAUCGUUCGCGACGGCGAGUCCAUGGUCGUGCCCUCUGGUGAAAUCGUGCCCGGCGAUCUCGUCGAGAUCAAGACCGGCGAUACNCCAUCCCCGCCGAUGCUCAUCGAAGCCGUCAACUUUGAGACCGACGAGGCUCUGUUGACUGGCGAAUCCCUCCCCGUUCGCAAGAAUGAGGAUGCCACCUUCCCCGACAACACCGGUCCUGGCGAUCGCCUCAACGUCGCGUACAGCUCGUCGAAUGUCACCAAGGGCCGCGCCAAGGGAAUCGUCUUCGCUACCGGCGUCUACACCGAGAUUGGUGCCAUCGCGUCUGCGUUGCGCAAGAAGGAUUCCAAGGUUCGCGAGGUCAAGCGAAAGCCCGAUGGCCGCGCCGGUCCCCACCGAUACCUCGAAGCGUAUACCCUCACCUUGACUGAUGCCAUUGGCCGAUUUUUGGGCGUCAACGUAGGCACACCUCUCCAGCAGAAGCUGUCCAAGCUGGCUAUGCUUCUCUUUGGUAUCGCGAUCGUCUGUGCCAUUAUUGUCUUGGGCGCGAACAAGUUCGAAGCCAAGCAGGAGGUCAUUAUCUACGCCGUCGCUACGGGUCUGUCCAUGAUUCCUGCCAGUCUGGUGGUCGUGCUCACGAUCACAAUGGCCGCCGGCACGAAGCGCAUGGUCAAGCGCAACGUCAUCGUGCGCAACCUCAAGUCUCUCGAAGCCCUCGGCGCUGUGACGGACAUUUGCUCUGACAAGACCGGUACCCUUACACAAGGAAAGAUGUUGGCUCGUGGUGCAUGGCUUCCUGGGAUGGGAACAUACACCGUCGAGAACUCGUCGACGCCUACAGACCCCACCGUUGGUGAAAUUCGCUUCGACGAACGUUCCCCUAGACACUUGGACUUUAAGAAGGGAGGCGAUGCAUGCGGCACCGUUCUUGAAACACAACGGCUGUUGCAGAACAGCAAGUCUGGUCUGGCUGCCUUCCUCCACGUUGCCUCUCUCGCCAACUUGGCCACAAUCAGCAAGAAGGAUGAUCAGUGGCAUGCGCGCGGUGAUCCUACCGAGAUUGCUAUCCAGGUGUUUGCCUCCCGCUUCGAUUGGAACCGUUUGCGCCUCAUGACUGGCGACAGCCCCGAGUGGAGUGAGAUUGCGGAGCUGCCCUUCGACUCGGACGUAAAGCGCAUGUCUGUCAUCAUGAAGCACAACAUCUCUGGCGAAUACUUUGCCUACACCAAGGGCGCUGUCGAGCGAGUUAUCCAGGCCUGCACCAAGUACACCCCUCAGGACUCGGGCGAGCUCGUGGACAUCAAUGCCGAAUUCCGCGAGGAGAUUCUCCGCAAUAUGGAAGCCCUCGCUAGUCUUGGUCUUCGUGUGCUCGCCCUUGCUAGUAAGCCUUAUGACGGAAAGCCGAAUAAGGGAGACGAGGUUGAGCGCUCUUCCGUGGAAUGCGAUUUGGUCUUCCGUGGGUUAAUCGGCCUGUACGACCCUCCCCGUCCUGAGUCCGCCCCGGCCGUUCGCCAGUGUCACGAGGCCGGUAUCUCGGUUCACAUGCUCACCGGUGACCACCCCGAGACCGCCAAGGCUAUCGCUAUCGAAGUUGGAAUCCUGCCGUCCCGUAUGGAGCGUGUAGCAAGGAACGUUGCCGACGCGAUGGUCAUGACCGCAUCCGAAUUCGACGCUCUCAGCGACGACGACGUCGACAAGCUUCCGGUGCUUCCCCUCGUCAUCGCACGUUGCGCUCCCAGCACCAAGGUUCGCAUGAUCGAGGCUCUUCAUCGUCGCAAGAAGUUCUGCGCCAUGACUGGUGACGGUGUAAACGAUUCUCCUUCGCUGCGUCGCGCCGACGUCGGUAUCGCCAUGGGACAAUCCGGAUCCGACGUAGCCAAGGACGCUUCCGAUAUCGUCCUCACCGAUGAUAACUUUGCCUCCAUCGUCUCUGCCAUCGAAGAAGGCCGCCGCAUCUUCGACAACAUUCAAAAGUUCGUCCUCCAUGUCCUGGCUGAGAACAUCGCCCAGGCCGGUACGCUCCUGGUCGGUCUUGCAUUCAAGGAUACCCGAGGCCUCUCCGUCUUCCCUCUCGCCCCCGUUGAAAUCGUCUGGAUCAUUAUGGCUACCUCGGGCAUGCCCGACAUGGGACUUGGCUUCGAGCGCGCUGUGCCCGACAUCAUGCGCCGCCCUCCUCAGUCACUCAAGACAGGUAUUUUCACCAUGGAAUUCCUCGUCGACAUGGUGGUCUAUGGCUUGUGGAUUGCCGCCCUGUGCCUGUGCAGCUUCGUCUUGGUUGUCCACGGAUUUGGUGGGGGCCAGCUGGGUGAAGGGUGUAACGAGACGUACAGCGAGUCUUGUGACGUCGUCUUCCGCGCCAGAGCAACGACCUUUGCCUGCCUAACCUGGUUCGCCCUGUUCCUCGCCUGGGAGAUGAUUGACAUGCGCCGUUCCUUCUUCCGCAUGCAGCCCGGGUCGAAGAAGUACUUCACCCAGUGGAUGUACGACGUCUGGCGCAACCGCUUCCUCUUCUGGGCGAUCAUGCUCGGCUUCGUCACCCUCUUCCCUCUGCUGUAUAUCCCUGUCAUCAACACCGUCGUCUUUAAGCAUAAGGGGAUUUCGUGGGAGUGGGCCAUCGUCUUUAUUGCGGCAGGACUCUUCUUCGCCGGCGUUGAGGCCUGGAAGUGGGGCAAGAGGGUUUACUUCCGCCAGAAGAACAAGAAGGCCCACGGCGUCGCCUGGAAGGACAUGGACAUCGAGCAGAGAGUGUUUGGGGAAUACCUUGGUAGCUCUUCCGACGACAACAGGACUGAGAUUGGUGAUGAUGACCAUUACGCGGAGAAGGAAGGCUUGGAGAAGGUUUAG